AUGACUUCUGCUGAAGCGUCUCCCGAGAGGACAAAGGUCUAUCGAUUGCGUAGCCUACCCGGUCAUGUGGAUCGGCAGCUCGCUGCUGAGCUGCUAGCCGACUGUGCUGGCAGCUUUUCCUCUCAUCAGGUCCACAUCUCGUCUCUUGCACAAGCCGUCGAUCCCUGGACACGAUUACCCACCAAAACGGCCACGUUCACUCUGGGGUGCAGCCUCGGAAUCGAUCUUAACCGCAGCAAUGGCGAACGGGCUUUUCCCAUGCCAGGGCUGCCUAAUCCUCUCCUUCUUGAUCAUCACUUCCAAGGCCUUACUCCACUCAACGAGGUGGACCCUCGUACCCACGAAUAUGAUUGUAUUGUCAUCUCUGGACUAGCCAGCCACCCUUUCGGCUCGUGGCAACCGCAUGGUGGGAAUAAGUCGUUCAUGUGGAUUCGCGACGAGCUUCCUCAGUAUCUGCCGAUGGUCAGAUUCAUUCUCUACGGCUACGAUACGGUCCUCCGCCCAAGCAAUUCAUUCCAGACCAUCCCGGAUCUCGCAAACUCCUUGAUCAACACCUUGAAAGCCGAAGGCUGGACCUCUCCAACAUCAAAGCCACUAAUUGGGCAGAAAGACAUGUUUAUCGCAAAUCUCGUACGGGGUGCCAUAUUUUUCGGCGUGCCGAGUCACGGUAUGGCCAUGAACGAUAUUUUCGCAAUGCUAGGUGACCAGCCGAACAAAGACGCCCUCGUGGCGGAAAUUUCAAGAAACUCCGACUACCUCCCGCAGCUAGAAAAGCAAUUUUCCGGUAUUUCAUUGGUGCGUACAAUAAAGGUGUUCUGGGCGUAUGAAACUAAGACGACGCGCACUGUUGCGAUGAGAGGAAAUAAUUUUAGCAGGUUCGGGCCGGACAUUGUUCUGGUCACGAGAGAAUCUGCGACUGGAGAUCGUUGCUUUGUCGAGCCGUCCAUGACGAUUCAGAUCGACGAAAACCACUCUGACAUGGUCAAAUUUUUCAACGGUGACCAUAGGAUCCGUGUUAUCGCGAGCAAGUUGAGUGAGGUUUGCAAUCUUAGUCACAUUUCACUGCCUGCCGAAGUUGCGGAGGAGAGCUCCUCCGUAUACGAGGGCGUCGAAGACCGAAGAAAUCGACAGGAAACGAAUCAGCAGUCGUCUGAAGCAUCAGCUGGUGCCAAGGCACCUAUUUCUGACCCACCAUUGGUUUGGGAUGACAAGAUGAUUCUAAAGUCCCUUCAGGCUCCAGAGCGAGACUCGCGAAUCGAGCAGAUUGAUCCUCAUUCCAGCCAUACAUUUCACUGGGUUUUCAACAAAUCUUCCAUCGGUCUAUCUCAGUGGCUUCUGAGGGGCCAAGGGAUCUUCUGGAUCAGCGGCAAACCUGGCUCUGGAAAGUCCACUCUCAUGAAAUUCGUCCACCGCGACCCAAGAACUUCAGAACUCUUGCAUCGAUGGAAGUCGAGAGCCAGACGAGUCACAGCCAGCUUCUUCUUUCAUUACCGUGGCAGCACUGUGCAAAAGUCUUUCGAGGGACUCUUGCGGAGCAUAAUAAGCCAGAUCUUGGAAGCGCAGCCCGAGCUGUUCACUAUUGUGAGAUCUACAUUUUGUGAGAUCUAUGAUCAGCGAGUUGUCGCCCAACGUUUAGGAAGCCUCCAAUCAGACAUCCGCCAACUCCUGAAACUCGGCCAGAUUCAAGCAGACGAGAACUUGCAUUGUGAGAUUGAAUCUCUGUUGGAGAGUCAAAGUGGCUUGUUGUGCCUACAGAAAGCCAUUGAGACAUCGUCAGAUGCUCCAUAUUGGGGUUUUGACGGCUCCCACGAGGCUAAAAUGGAGUUGCUUCGGCGAAGAGACGACCAAUUCAUCGCCGGAGUCAAGCCCGACAAAAACUCCUUUCUCGACUCUGAGUUUUAUAGACUCUGCCCAUCGAAUGAUAGGUUCUUCGGCAUAGUCGGAUCGUGGCUGGAAACUCUCGAUUUGAACUCUAGGCUCCGCCAGCUCUUCAAGCGCCAAGGAGUAGCGGUCGUAAAAGAUAAAAGAAAGAGCCGAGAUCAACAGCCCCCUAGAUUUAUUGAACCAUUCGAGAGAAACCUCAAGAGCCUGAUAGCACGCCACGAGGCACGAAAUCGUAUCAGAAUUUCGAUUCAGCACGAAGAGUGGCCAAGACAACAAUUGGAAGAGGUCCUUCGCCGGAUUUGCGCGCAGGACUUGUUCGACUUGGAUCUUUGCUUGCUCCUCGAUGCUUUGGACGAGUACGAUGGGCGGCCGGAGUUCAUAUCCGGAUUUCUCAAAGAUCUUGCUCAGGAGACGUGUUUUCCACGAACGAGGGUCAGAAUAUUGUUUUCGAGCCGGCCUUGGGCCGUAUUUCGAGACGAGUUUAGCGCAUGCCCGAGCUUCGAAAUCCACGAGCAUACAGAGAACGACAUUCGCAGUUAUUGCAUCACAUCCAUUCAUGAAAAUGUGCAAACACGACACUACCUCCUUCCGCUUGUCAACGAGAUUGUGGCAAGAUCGAGUGGGGUUUUCCUCUGGGUAAAACUUGUGCUUCGCGAUCUCUUCAAAGUCCUCAAUGAUCAGAGCCAGGGAGCCCUCGAGAUCAAAGAGUGCCUGCAUAAGACGCUUGAUUCCCUCCCCAAUCAACUAGACGACUAUUACGCCACGAUAAUUGAACGGGUCUCUCCGGGAUUGCGAUGGAACACCUAUGUUGUCCUUGAGUCUCUAGCCAGAUCUAACCAGUUACUAACAGCCCAAGAGUUGGUCAGGAUAAUCGAGACUUCCACCAUGACGGUUUGUCCUGACUUCAAGAAGUUGUCAAAAUUAAAACAGAUUGACCCCAAUAUGGCCGACAAGAUUGUCCGGGAGGUGUCUGGAGGGCUGGUUGACAUGGGAACGGACUAUGUUCAACUGAUGCAUCAGACGGUCAAAGAGUUCAUUGAAGCACCGCCAUUUCGCCAUCUGGUUCUCGGGCUUGGGGGAGCGGCAACUACAGAAGACAAUGGCCAUUCCUUCCUCUCGAAGUAUCUUCUUCUCUAUCCAGACGAUACUGGCUGCAGGGAAUUGGCAUUCCAUGCUCGAGAGGCAGAGAGAACGACCGGCUUGAGCCAAUACAAGUUUUUCUCUGGAGCACAGCCCGAGCACUUUAAUACUGAGUACAGAAAAAGGAUUUCAGGAACUGGACCUUCCGUCAUUUUGACGCCUUUGCUACUGGCCACCUUUGCCGGGUUACAGCUUUACCUUGAGGACGCGUACAAGGUGGACCAUAAACUCGUGGAAAGCUCACCAGACCCUCUUCUUUGCAGUCUCUUCGAUGGUGCGAAGGCUGGCCUAGAUGUUGCUGGUGCCGUUAAGACUGCGAAAUCACUCCUCUCUAAAGGUUUGAUUAUCGAAAGGGACAGGAAAGGCUUAGGAAAAAUCUUGCUCGCGAUAUGGAGGGUCGGCGAACAAAGUCAAACUUGGCUAGAUCGCCCGAACACGGACUACGUCGACAUUGCAAUUCUGCUUGUGGACAAGAUGAGAGAUGCGAACAUGCCUUUUUCGUCGAGAACGGGAGGGGAAUCUGUCUCUACUCGCGUUUUGCAUUUGAGCCCACCCGUCGUUGCCGAGCGCCUACUGCAGCGCGGAGCAGAUCCAAACCUCCCAGAUUCAUCCGGAUGUUCGGCUUUGGACUACAUUCUCAUACACGAAUCGAUGCAGGGUCGAUCUGCAGAAAACCUUCACCAGAUAUCCACGCUCCUUUUCAAACAUGGCGCAAGGCUUCGCAAGACGACGAGAGAGGAAUGGGAGCUGUUUCUGCAACACCUUGACUAUCAUGGGCUAGACACGCAGGCUUUUCUCUCUGCAAUCUGGCUACAAAUCCAACUCUUCGAGAGUGGACCCUCGAAGCCGGAGCAGAGUGAGACACCGGAUACAAUCAGCCCGAUUCAGUUCACGGAGCCCGAAUCCACGGAACCCGAAUCCAUGGAGCUCGAACUCAUGGAACUCCAAUUCAGGGAAUUCCAAUUCACGGAACUUGAAUCCACGGAACUCCAAUUCACGGAGCUCGAAUCCACCAGAACAUUGGGGCGGACGAAAUAA